AUGAAAAUCUUACUUUUGCUAAUUCUUUUGAUUCGAAUUGGUGGGCGUGCAAUGCGAAGCACAGACGAUAUUUCGAGGUAUAUCGAAAAACAAGUCGGGGAUGACUUGGAUUUACAAUGUAUGGGCAACUACGACACUUGGGCACGCUGGGCAUCGUUUGGAUGGGGUGAUCCGUGGCCAAACAAAACUGUUUUUGGGGACAACGAACUUGUUGGAUACGAUCUCUCCGCGUUCAUGCAGAGAGUCGAGGUGAAAAGCGAGAAUACAUCUUCAACCUUGAAAAUUCGUGAUCUGAAAGAAACGGAUACGGGGAUGUAUGUUUGUGGAAACUUUUUGACAAAAUUUGUCGAACAAGUGUAUCUCUUUGUUAAAGAUCGAAAAAUCUUCUUGAAGAGGCGUCAUGAUGUUGUAAAUUUGACUUUGAAUGACGCUCUGCGUGAUGCCGACAUUCCAUGCCGCGCUUCUUCAUCAAUCACCGGCAGCAAAAUGAAAUAUCGCUUCGCUGAAUACUUCAAUGUGCUUGUGGCAAUUGGACCGAAAGGAGCUUGUUGUGCGAAGGGAAAUGUGAACUGUUCCUCUCCGCUUCCACUAUCGAAAUUCUAUGACGCAAAAAGAGGUUUCGAUUUUUUUGUGGGCGAAAAAAUUACCACAAAUCAGGAUAACUUUCUGCGGGCUCAAUUUGAUAAUAAACAUUUCCGCUGUCAAUUCGGAAACAUUAGCUCGGACAGGUUUCUUGUGCAGACUCCGGCCACUCAAGUAUACUAUGGAGGUCCUCCACACAAAGUCAACUGCACUGUGCUCGAUGGAAAGACUUUCAUUUUUGACACAGACAUCAAUUAUUUACGACUUGCUUGUCCGAAAUGUGACUUAUUUAAUGAUAAACUGUUCAUCGAUCGUGCCCUUGAUCGCCUCCAGAAUAGAGACAUUUUGGAUAAUGUGUCUAUCCUUUGGAAAAUCUCGAACGAGUAUGAUGACGUGUUUUGUGAUUGGAUUCGACAAGCUGGCGUCUUGACUGACCCAACCGUUUUCCUGCCAUUCACUUUCACCGUGCCCUCAAAACGAGCUCCCAAUCAAGAAACUUUAUUGGCACCAUGGCUGUUGGGUUUAUUCGUUUUGGUUGUUUCCACGGUGAUUGCUUUAAUUUAUUGGAAAUUGUCAAACGAUUGGAAAAAAAAAGAUAAUCGUUUGUUGCUAGAAGAUUCUAAGAUGAGUUCUGAGGAGGCCGGAGUGGUUGAACCGUCAGAGAUUCAAGUCACAGGCGCAUACAAGCCGGGAAGAUGGAUUGGAAGAGGACGGUAUGGUGAUGUCUAUUUGGUCGAAGAUCAUCAACCAGAAGCUGUCAUAAAAUACGUGAACGCAAGGACACCCGAACAGCUCAACGUUUUUCGAAGAGAACUCGAGAACAAUCACAUUUUGGCUUACAUCUUUUCUCCAAACGCCUCAUCUGGCAUGUUGAAAUGUGUUCCAUUGAUGGUAAAUGGGGUCGGAUUGAUGCAAACAGAGGAUAAGCUGUUUCCGUCUACCCAU